AUGGCCUUUGUUCAUCACGCUUCGUCUGAAUGCUCCAAAACCGAACUUGACCUGUUUUCCGUCCCACCAACCCAGACAGGUCUGGAGUCUGGACGAUUUAUUGAUUUUCACCCGAUCUCAAAUAUUGGCGAUAAUGGACCUAUUGAAUUUCUUGUUAGCGGAGCAGGUACAGAAUACAUGGACUUGGCUCGUACUCAACUUUACGUUAAAGCCAAAGUGACUAAACCAGAUGGCACCAAUAUUGACGACGAUGCUAAAGUUGGUCCUGCAAACCUAUUCCUUAAUGCUUUAUUUGUCCAAGCCGAUGUUUCAUUAAACGGAAAACUAGUAUCGUCAGCUACAAACACCAACCCCUAUAGAGCCUACAUGGAAACGACGCUUAGCUAUGGUCCAGCAGCAAAAAACUCUCAAUUGACAAGUGCCUUGUUCUAUAAAGACCGAGCAGGAUAUCUCGAUGAAACAGACCCUACAAAGGCUGAUAAGGAUGAAAAUAUGGGGUUGAAGGAAAGAUACAAUCACACGAAAAAAUCGAAAAGUGUCGAGAUGAUGGGACGAAUUCAUGAAGAUAUCUUUAACAUCGACCGGUUGAUGAUCAAUGGCGUUGAUCUCAGACUGAAGCUGACAAGAUCCAAAAAUGAAUUUUGCUUGCUUUCGCCUGUAGAUGGCGCAAACUUUAAAGUAGUCAUCGAGGAUGUGAUAUUGUUCAUCAGAAAGGAAAAGGUCAGCCCCUCUGUUUUGCUGGGUCAUGCAGAAGCACUACGAAAAACUACAGCAAAAUACCCGAUCACGAGAAUUGAUUUUAAAAUGUUUUCUGUGCCUAGAGGAGCUCUGAACAUUUCUCAGGACAAUGUUUUCAACGGAAAUACUCCAAAACGUAUUUUCAUUACCAUGGUCGACAAUGAUGCCUAUUCUGGAAACUACAAAAAGAAUCCGUUCAAUUUCAAAACAAAUGAUCUUAGUUUUCUGGGGGUUUAUGUUGAUGGCGAACCCCUGCCAGGAAAACCACUUCAACCAAAGUUUGGAGCACACGAUAAUUUCAUCAUGGCUUAUCAGUCCUUGUAUGCAGGAACGAGUACUUUGUUUCAAGACCUCGGCAAUGAUAUAUCGCGUGAUGAAUUUAACCAAGGCUACGCCAUCUUCUGCUUUGACCUAACACCUGACCUAUGCAACGAUGCACAUUACAACUUGAUAAAAAAAGGAAAUCUCCGGUUAGAACUUCAGUUUUCACAAGCUCUUGCACAAAGCAUCAACGUACUGAUUCUCGCUGAGUUUGAAAACUUGAUAGAAAUCGAUAACCAACGGAACGUGCUGUUUGACUUCACCAACUAA